AUGAAGACCUUUGCGACUCUUUUGGCUUCCGUUGGCCUGGUGGCCGCUCAUGGCUACGUUGAUAACGCCACCAUUGGUGGACAGUUCUAUCAGUUCUACCAGCCCUACCAGGACCCUUACAUGGGCACCGCUCCCGAACGCAUCUCUCGCAAAAUCCCCGGUAACGGUCCCGUCGAAGACCUAACCUCCCUCGCCAUCCAAUGCAACGCCGACUCCGCGCCCGCCAAGUUGCACGCCCCCGCCGCCGCCGGCUCGACCGUUACCUUGCGCUGGACCCUCUGGCCCGAGUCGCACAUGGGGCCCGUCAUCACCUACAUGGCCCGCUGCCCGGAUAGUGGUUGCCAGAACUGGACUCCUAGUGCCAGCGAUAAGGUGUGGUUCAAGGUUAAGGAGGGCGGGAGGACGGGGACGAGUAAUGUUUGGGCUGCUACCCCCCUAAUGACCGCCCCCGCCAACUACGAGUACACCAUCCCCUCCUGCCUCAAGCCUGGCUACUACCUCGUCCGUCACGAGAUCAUUGCUCUACACGCCGCCUACAUGUACCCCGGUGCUCAGUUUUACCCGGGAUGCCAUCAGUUGCAGGUUACCGGCUCGGGAACCAAGACUCCUUCGACGAACUUGGUCAGCUUUCCGGGCGCGUAUAAAAGUACCGAUCCGGGCAUCACGGUUGAUGCUUAUAAGGGUGAGUUUGUUUCUGUCCUGUGA